UGGCCGAAAUUAGAAGCAGAGUCUCACUGGAACUCCUCCUUGCUCUAUUCUCACACCACCACAAACCAAGCCUUUGGCAUUUCUUUCUUUGAAACUGAAAUGGCCACCGUUGCUGCCGCUCGAGGAAUAGGUGUGGGAGUGACGAAGCUUCAAAGACCCAACCACUCCAACCACAACAAGAAGUCGCUCUUUUUGGGUCAAAAACUUCGAAAUAAACCCUCCGUUACAGAAUCCCAUUGCAGUGGAGGAAUCACAACACCGAACCCUAAAUCGUUCGUGGCCUGCGCAUUAGGAGGCGAAUGGCUUGAUUCGAUUCACCACUUGUUUGUGGGCGUCGGGGUUGGGCUUCCUUGCACGGUCAUGGAGUGCGGCGAUAUAAUCUACAGAAGCACUCUUCCAAAGUCGAAUGGCUUGACGAUUACAGCUCCUGGGGUGGUUUUGGCUCUGGGUGCUGUGUCCUACCUCUGGGCUACGCCUGGUGUGGCCCCUGGUUUCUAUGACAUGUUUGUUCUUGCCUUUGUUGAAAGAUUGUUCAGACCUACUUAUAAAAAGGAUGACUUUGUCCUAGGGAAGAAGUUGGGUGAGGGAUCGUUUGGAGUAGUUUACAGGGUUUCAUCGACCAAGAAGCCCUCUUCAAAGGAAGGUGACUUGGUCUUGAAGAAGGCUACUGAAUAUGGCGCAGUGGAAAUUUGGAUGAAUGAGCGUGUUCGAAGAGCUUGUGCAAAUAGCUGUGCUGAUUAUGUUUAUGGUUUCCUUGAGAAUUCUGGGAAGAAGGGUGGUGAAUACUGGCUUAUAUGGAAGUUUGAAGGGGAUGCUACUCUGGCAGACCUAAUGCUGAGCAAAGAGUUUCCAUAUAAUGUUGAAACAAUGAUUCUGGGCAAGGUCCAGGACUUGCCUAAGGGAUUGGAGAGAGAAAAUAGAAUACUUCAAACAAUUAUGGGGCAGAUCUUGUUUGCAUUGGAUGGUCUUCACUCAACUGGUAUCGUGCAUAGGGAUAUUAAGCCCCAGAAUAUUAUUUUCUCUGAAGGAUCUCGUACAUUCAAGAUUAUUGAUCUUGGUGCUGCAGCAGAUUUGCGGGUUGGCAUCAACUAUAUUCCUAACGAGUUUCUGUUGGAUCCAAGAUAUGCUGCCCCAGAGCAGUACAUAAUGAGCACACAAACUCCCUCUGCACCCUCAGCUCCGGUUGCAACUGCACUUUCCCCGGUCCUAUGGCAGUUGAAUCUGCCGGACAGAUUUGAUAUCUAUAGUGCUGGCCUAAUAUUUCUUCAAAUGGCAUUCCCUGGAUUACGCUCUGAUAAUUGUCUCAUACAAUUUAAACGUCAGUUGAAGAGGUGUGACUAUGACUUGGUUGCGUGGAGAAGAAGUGUAGAACCUCGUUGUGGUCCUGAACUAAGGAGAGGCUUUGAGCUUCUGGAUUUAGAUGGCGGAAUAGGGUGGGAGCUUCUGACAUCAAUGGUCCGUUAUAAAGCACGGCAACGACUCAGUGCAAAAGCAGCAUUAGCUCAUCCCUAUUUUGACAGGGAAGGCUUGUUGGCACUAUCUUUCAUGCAAAAUCUAAGACUGCAGCUCUUACGAGCAACGCAGCAGGAUUAUGGAGAAGCAGCCAAAUGGAUUAUUCAGCUCAUGGCAAAAUCUGGAACCUCACAAGUUGGAGGAUUUACUGAAGCUCAGCUCCAGGAACUAAGAGAAAUAAAACCAAAGAAGAAUAGCGCACAAAGAAAUGCUUUAGCCUCAGCUCUCAAACUUCAGAGGAAAAUUAUAAAAACGUUGAAUGAGAGUAUGGAUGAGCUUAACCAACGCAGGAAAAGCCUAUGGUGGAGCAGAUGGAUCCCCAGGCAAGAAUGAAUACUAUAAAUACGUAUACACAUAAUCCACUAUUUUGUUGAAAAUUUUGUCUCUAGCAUGUAUACAAUUUAAUUGUCUUCAUAUAUAAUAGAUUGGUGUUAACUAAUAUGCAAGAAGAAAAAUUAGGGGGGGAGGUCACUAGAAUCUGUUGAAAACAUGUCAGGAAUCUUUUGACCGCUGGUGUAAAUUCUAUAAAUUGUAAUGUAGUAUAUAUUGUAAAGGUGUUGAAUGAGAAGAAACUUGAUAUGUAAAAAUGUCACUUUUCUCGAUAUUCCUUCUAGCUAGCUUUAUCCUAGUUUCUCA